AUGAAAACGUUCGUUGGCGUUGUUGUCACCAGGAACGGCGACGAGUGGCUGAAAAACCGCCGAACGAUGAACAAAAUCAUGCUGGCCCAAAACUCCGUCAACUUCAUGAUCGACCCUUGCUACGAUGCCGCAUCGGACCUCGUCGCUAAAUGGAAAAAGUACCCCACGGGCCAGGUCGUCCCGGACCUCGAGCACCAGCUCUACCAGUUGUCGAUCGAAGUGAUCCUGGCGACCCUGGUCGGCAAGUCCUGGCCGUCCUACCGAUCCCGGAUCCUCGGCGAGCUCGACCUCUUCUCCCGCAAGCUCAGCCAGAUCUUCGAGUACUCGGUGAAGCUGUCGCGGGUCCGGGCCCGGCUGGCCGAGACCCUGCGGCUGCCCUCGUGGCGCGGCUUCGUCGCAACCACGGACUACUGCUUCGACACCGUGGACCGGCUCGUCCAGGACAUGAUGGGCCUCGGGGACGCCGAGGACGGCAUGCUCGGUCGCAUGCUCGCCGACGGCCUCGACGAGCCCAUGCUACGCAGAAUCGUCGCCGACUUGAUCAUCGCCGCCGGGGACACGACGGCGUUCGCCCUGCAGUGGCUGCUGUUUUUGCUGGCGAGCAAUCCAGGGGCGCAGGACAGGCUGCACGAGGCGGUGCGCGAACUGGACAGGACGGAGGUCCUGAAAGACCCGCUCAUCCGGGGCACGAUAAAGGAAACGCUGAGGCUUUACCCGAUCGCCCCGUUCAUCGGCCGCGUCAUGCCGCACACCGAUUUCCUCGACAGGUUCCUCAUCGACCGAGGAGAGCUGGUCGCCAUGUCGAUUUACACGUGCGGUCGCUCGGAGAGUCACUUCCCGAGGGCGCACGAGUUCAGGCCGGAGCGGUGGUUGCGCAACGACAAGGGCGAGUACCUGGAGGUGAGGAAUCCCAACGCAUCGUUGCCCUUUUCCAUGGGCGCCAAGAGCUGCAUCGGGAAAAAACUCGCCGAGACUCAGUUGUCGCUCGUCACGGCGGAGCUCCUGAAGAACUUUAAGAUUGAUUGUCUGAAUAAGGAGAACAUAGCGAUAAAGCUGCGAUUGAUCACCGCACCGUCCGAGCCACUGCAAUUGCAGCUGACAGCCAGGAAUUGA